GGUUUAGUUGUUCCACUGGCGGAGUCAAACGACAGCAGGCAUCAUGGCGCCAGUGAAAAUGCACAUGUCGUAUUGCAACCAAUGCAGCAUCAUGCAGUGCCGAUGGUUUUGGCACUCUUUUAUAAGAGUAGUGUAGCCAAUCAGCCCUCAUUGAUGACUGAAUUUUGUUGCGAUCAGAUUGAGACAAGACAACACGUGGUGAAAUGCGGCCACUGCAAUGAAGCAACGCCAAUUCGCGCGGCGCCCCCAGGAAAGAAGUAUGUGCGUUGUCCAUGCAACUGCCUUCUGCUGUGUAAAGCUUCAUCGAAUCGUAUCGCAUGUCCACGUCUCAACUGCAAGCGUGUUAUCACACUUGGCGGCAGCGCUCCUGUCGGCACCGCUGUUAGCUCAGUGCAAGAGUGA